AUGAGCAUCGUCAUCGGUGGCCGGCCCCAGACAGGCCCCAUGCAAACCAUCGGUGGCGUGCGUGGCAGCAGAUUGUUCGAAUACCCUCACCUGGUCAAGAUGUUGGAAGCGUACCAGAGCCAGACGACGGCCAACCCGGACUCCGCCGAUCCGACGGAGCAGAUUUCUGCCGAACUCAUUGCUGCUCAUUACCUCAGUCUCGUCAAGGACAUGGCACGGGUGAACGACCUAUGCACGAUCGCGCGCAAUCUCCUCGCCACCACCAAAAAGGCCCAGAACCUCGCGGCGGAGAAGGGCUUCGAUCAACAGAUCCUGGAACUCAUCAACGGAACUGGCCGUAAAAGGAAAUACGAUGAGGUGGACGCUGAUCAAUUACAUUUGGAUGAUUCGACCGCCGAUUCGUCCUCUCCUGGUCCGUUGCUUGUACCACCACCGCCACCGGGCGUGGUAAACGCUCACGGGUGCGACACCAAGAUCGACCAGGCUUCACCCGGCACCGAAGACGUGCAAAUCGGCGCGGGUCAUGGUAUCGUACGUAUUCGCCCUCCGCUGCCUUGUGUUUCUCAUCCCAACAUUGAUCGGCGGAGCUUUGAUGGCAUGACUGCCUCCGGAAAACAAGGGUGGUUUGCUAGCCGGCAACUUCUUGACCAACACCGUCGGUUCAAACCCACACCUCCAGCACCGGCGUGCACCAGCACCCAGUCACCCGGCUGGACGUUCGCUCGUACCACCAGCGCACCGUAA